UGCUCUGUAUGGAGCAAUCCUAUUCCAAUGGCAGAAUGGGAGCGUGGGGUGAGUGUUCCAAUGGCAGAUUGGGACCAGCCGCUGAUCCCGGAUUGCUCCGUGGAGCAAAAAUAUUUGCUCCGCCGAAAUCGGCAGAUUUGACCGGAAGUCCUCGUGACGUAUUUUCUUCACCCGCCUCUGCUUCCUGUCACGGUCACCUGUUUCCGGUCGCGGGCAGCUACGGACGACAUGCGAAACGUGGACGCGGCUUCGCGCCGUGCGAUUUUGUUCGCGCUCCUAGAUAGCUCCGACUCAGACAGUACAAUUUCUAUGUCGAGCGACGAUUCUUCUGACACGGACAGUGAGUGUGACGCUGCUGUGUGCAAACGGGCAUUUGAUGUGAUGUUCAGCCUGCCUGCAAAGAGGCCUAAAGUGAUAGGCUUCGUCGAGGACGUCGUUCGGCGAUACUCGGACGAUGAGGUACUGUACAGCUCUAGGUGGUACUAGUGUGAACAAAAAAAAAGCCUUUUUUCUGCAAUGUUAUGUUGUUCCCAAGUUCCGCAGGCACUUCCGUCUGUCGCGACCUGUAGCGGAGCAACUGAUUGCGAGAUUUGCUGCUUCGACGGCGUGCCCAUCUAGCAGCCACGGCGGAGUGCCCGCAAAAUCUGCAGAAACUCACGUGCUGACUUUCAUAUGGUAUGCUGCCAAUAAAACAAGCAUGAGGGCGGUGGCAAGCCGCUUUGAUCUGUCAGAGAGUUCUGUUCACAGAAUCCUGAUAAGGGUGGCUGACUUUCUCCUCACCAUGGGUCCAUCUGUUGUGACGUUUCCUUCCAACAUGGAAAAACUGUCGAGUGAAUUCCAGAAGGUGUCUGGAAUCCCUGGUGUUGUUGGCUGCCUUGACGGCUCCUAUAUCAAAAUACAAUGCCCAGACAACAAGGUCUCUUCCACCUACUGCAACCGGCACCAUUACCUUUCAAUAACCCUUCAAGCGGUUUGUGACCACAAAAGACGAUUUGUUGACACCUGCAUUGGAAGCUCCAGCAAAAUUCACGAUUCUCGAAUCUUCAAGCUAUCAUCACUUUCAAAGAAACUUCCCAAACUGUGCGAGGACAAUGCGUACCACCUGCUUGGAGACGCAGCCUAUCCCCUCAGGCCGUACCUUCUGACUCCAUUCAGAGACUAUGGAGCGUUGUCAAAGGCACACAUGGAUUUCAACAAAAAGUUUUCAGCAACGAGGGUGCUAAUAGAAAACAGUUUUAGCAACCUAAAGAAAAGAUUCCGUCAACUAAUCUACCUUGAGCUCCGCACCGUAGAGUGGCUGAACAAAUUUAUUAUUGCUUGUUGCAUACUGCAUAACUUAUGCAUUGAGUGCGGAGAUUUGGAGCCAGAUGAACCAGAUGAUGAUGUAUCACCUCAAGAUGUCCAGUGGCAUCCACAGUCAUGCACCGAUGACCUGGAUGAUACUGCCGAAGAAACUUUGUUGCGCAGACUGGGAGAAAUAAAAAGGAGGAAGGUGCUGGAAGCAGUGCUCCAAAAGUAG